CCCGUCCCUUACCGUACACCACCUCCCGCUCUACGCCUCCCACCUUUCCCCCAAACCAACAACAGCAAAGAGGAGGGAGGAAUCAAUCCGCCCCAUGCCCCCAUUCGUCGCCACCCACGCAUCCCUCCUCCUCAAAGCCGCAGCCGCCGCGCCCGCCCACCUCCACCCCAAGCCCUUAUUCUCCCCACGCGCGGCCGCCCGGAUCCCUGCUGCUCCCCGCGCCCACGGCCGCCGCCUGGCGACGACGACCACGGCCACUGCCGCUGCCGCAAGCCGCUGGUUCCGGUGGCCGCCGGCCGCGUCAGCGCGGGGGCUGUGUGCCGCGUCGCAUCCUGGCGGUGGGGCCGGCGGUGAGGGGAUGGGAUCUGACGGGGCGGGGGUGAGGAGGCGUGGGGUGGCCAAGGAAGCGCCAGUGGAGACCGGGAUGUCGAAGGAGGUGCCGCCGUCGGCGGCCCCGGCGCCUCCCAGGCUGCUCACGCUGCCCACCGUGCUCACCAUUGGCCGCGUCGCCGCCGUGCCCCUCCUCAUAGGCACUUUCUACAUGGAUGGUCCUUGGGGAGCAACUGCCACAACUGGCAUCUUCCUUGCUGCUGCAGUCACUGAUUGGCUAGAUGGAUAUAUUGCUAGAAAGAUGCAUUUAGGAACACCUUUUGGUGCAUUUCUUGAUCCUGUGGCUGACAAGCUUAUGGUAGCCGCAACAUUAGUUUUGCUGUGCACCAAACCUUUGGAAACUUCACUGCUCAGGGAUGGGCCAUGGCUUCUCACAGUUCCUUCCAUUGCUAUCAUUGGGAGAGAGAUUACAAUGUCAGCUGUGAGAGAGUGGGCUGCUUCUCAAAAUAGCAAAGUUCUUGAGGCCGUGGCAGUUAACAACUUAGGGAAGUGGAAGACAGCGACGCAGAUGACAGCAUUGACUCUCCUUCUUGCCAGCAGAGACCUAAGUCUACCUGGGCAAGGUUUUCUAGUUGCUCCUGGUGUUGUGCUGCUUUAUGUAUCUGCUGGACUUGCCAUGUGGUCCCUAGUGGUGUACAUGAGAAAGAUAUGGCGGAUACUUCUAAAAUAGCAUUAGCACAUAGUGUAAUAGAAGAAACAGAAGCAAGGUGACAUUCCAUUCAAGAUUAUACAAUUUUGGAAAGACUAUUGAGUUGAUUGAUGGACAAGAGCUGGUUGUGAUCCUCAGUAACAUAUGCGUCACUUGUAUUUGUCGGAUUAGCCGCCCAAUUUGCUGAGCAUUCCAGUAUCUUCUUAGAAGCAAAACAUAGCAGGUAGUAUGUUGCUGAGGUGAUUGCUUAAAGCUAUUUGGGACCAUCACAGCUUGUGUUGGACAACGGGUGUAAUGAGUAAAUCAACGACACAGAAGAUUGCAACCAUAUACGAGCACAAGGCCAGGGGGGUUUAUGUGUAUGUGUGUGCGGAGUUUCUACCAUUGUAAUAUACUCAUAUCAUAUGUCAGGAGCACAAAAUUAUUCUUUGCUGUGAGUUGCA